AUGAAUAACACUACACUUACUUUCAACUCAAGCAAACCUCUGGCCGGUACUCAAGGCAGUUCUUUAACGGUGGUUAUAGCACUGACUCUAGCAAAUGUAUUGUCCAUAUUAUCAGGAACGCUGGGUAACUCUUUGGUGAUUAUCUCUGUACUUAUAAACCGGAGCAUGCGUUCAACAACUAACUUGUUCAUAUCGUCUUUAGCUGCUGCUGAUCUUAUAGUCACCUCGACAUGUAUGCCGCUAUUUUACGUUUACAACGUGCUUACAUGGCCUGUUUGGCCUUUCGGAAAAAUUGGCUGUCGAGUUUUGUCGUAUUUGGUGCAUAUGUCCGUCAUGGCCUCAGCGUUAAGUUUGCUGGCUAUAUCCUACGAUCGUCUCCUCUCUAUAUUUUUUCCAAUGAAACGAUUAAUUACUGUUAGCAGGGCUAAAAAGAUGGUAGCGUUUAUUUGGUUUGUUUCGCCGCUGCUUCUUCUCCCUUCACUCUUUCACCAUGAUAUUCACUCAGAAAUGGGUAAUGACGCCAAGAAAGUGGAGUUGUGCUUAGAAUCGUGGAGUACUAUACAGGACAUGCAUAUUUAUCAGAUGUACCGGAUCUCUUGUUACUUUCUCUUCCUGUUACAGAUAUCAGUUGUCUAUUUUUGUAUUGGUUACCGUUUGUACACACGUCAGCAUCCCGGAGAACAAACGUCUCAGAGUCGGGCUAAAGAUUUACUGAACAAACGAAAAAUAAUUAAAAUGCUAUUUCUUGUGGUUGCGCUGUUUGCUUUGUGUUGGUUGCCGUACAUAAUCAACAAACUUUUGAACAUUUUCCCUCCAAGAAAAGGUUACGUUCCACCGAAUGUGUUUGUCUUCGUUGGAAAUUUUCUGGGACUGUUAAACAGCGUGGCAAAUCCUCUAGUUUACGCUGUGCUUAACAAGAAUUUUCGUAAAGCAUUCAAAAACACCUUGCAAUGUAACUGUAAAUAUGAACUAGAGGAAAGACGUAGAACAGCCAGUGUAGUUAGCAAACAAACGCAACGUAUGCGAUCAGAAAGCCUCGUCGCUGACCGACUUAGAGCAAGUUCUCUCUCAGGAAGCGAAAAUCCGGUCACUACUGUCCUCGCUGUAGAUCGGAUAAGGUGCCUAUCGUUUACAAGCAUUGAGCAAGAAGCUUUGGUUGAACUGACAAAUUUCUCAAAUUGCUCUCAACAAAACCGAGUUGUUGCACGAAGAAACCCUGAGAAUCGGCGAGUAAGUUUUGGAGGCGACAACUUGCUUCACUCUGAAGAGAACGCGAACAAAAAGGUGGAAAAAUCGGAAAAUGAAACUGAAAAUGUGAACCAGGGAUUGCCGCAUGCCUGUAAUGAGAUAAGCCGACCAAGACAGGAUAGCGGCAGGUACUUAUCUCCCAUUAACGAGAAAGGAUGUAACAACAAAAGCUUUGAGGAAUAA